AUGAGCGCAACCACCACUACACAGACCGGAAGACGGGCAGAGAUACCGGUACAGGUGGAGGAUGGCUCCCCAGAUCUACCAACCGAGACCCAGGGGAUUGGUCAAGGACAAGAUGCCUCCGAGACUCAAACCGACCAACAUCCUCUGGGCAUCAGACCCGCUGGAAAUGCUCUUACCUCUCGGGAAAAUGCUCAGGGUUUCAUGGGCCUUUUCGCAAACGUGCCAGAUGCCCUGUUGCUAAUGGUUCUGGAGUAUCUUGACCAGCCGAGCCUGGUCAGCUUAGGAAGUACAUGUCGAGGUCUGUACGCCUUUUGUUCGUUUGAUCAAUUAUGGAGGGAUAUUGCGGUCAAUAGUAUGACCCAGGAAUUUUCAUGGCGUGGGAGUUGGCGAGCAUCUCUGAGACGACUACCUUCAGCCAAACUGGCAAAAGUGGAUUGCAGGUAUCUCUUCUCUGAUGCUCUCCAUCGCCCUUUUCUCUGCUCUCAGAUUUCUCUCACCCCUUAUGUCACGAACAUUCCUCUGCACAACGAAAUUCCUCGCAUGGAUGACUUGUCACCUACUGAGUUCAACGAGUCCUGGGCCGACAAACCGUUCAUCCUCACAUCUCCCGUGAAAAGAUGGCAGGUGUUCCACAAAUGGAGUGAACAGGAUCUUUUGUCGAGGUAUGGAGAUGUCCUCUUCCGGGCGGAAUCAGUGGAUUGGCCACUUCGAACGUAUGUUGAAUACAUGAACAACACAAGCGAUGAAAGCCCACUGUAUCUUUUUGAUCGCGGUUUCGUGGAAAAGAUGCACCUGGAAGUCGGUAGCCUCGGGGCCUACGAACCUCCACCAGCUUUUCAGGAGGAUCUAUUCGCGCUCUUGGGCGAAAAGAGACCAGACCACAGGUGGUUGAUCAUUGGCCCAGAACGGAGCGGCAGCACAUUCCACAAAGAUCCAAAUGCAACUAGUGCUUGGAAUGCCGUUAUUCGAGGCUCGAAAUAUUGGAUCAUGUUUCCUGCUUCUAUCCUACCGCCAGGGGUCUAUAUGAGUGAGGACCAGAGUGAAGUCACAUCUCCCUUGAGCAUUGCAGAGUGGCUGUUAUCCUUCCAUGCGGAAGCGAGGAGAACCCCGGGUUGUCUGGAAGGUGUUUGUCGUGAGGGCGAGGUCUUGCAUGUCCCAUCAGGCUAUUGGCAUUUGGUUGUCAACCUCGACCCCGCGAUCGCCAUUACCCAGAACUUUGUGCCUACAUCACAUGUUGGAGCGACGUACAGAUUUCUCAAACACAAGGCUGAUCAGGUGUCCGGUUUCAAUGACGGUGUCGCCGAUCCCUGUGCACUGUUCAUGGAGCAGCUACAGCGAGAGUAUCCGGAUCUAGCGGCAGCUCUUGAUGAGUCUAACAUCAGGAAGAGAAAAUGGGAGGAGGUGGUAUCUAAUCAGGAGGUCGGCGGAGAUCAAUCGGGGUUCAGCUUUGGAUUUGACGGCGACGUUGAUGAAGAGGAAGUCUAA